CAUAAGACUGGGGAGGGUUACUAAGCUAUUCAAAGGCUAUUCCCAGAAGUGUCCAACCUUCCAAAAUUCCUCCAAGAACACAGCAACUGCUCAUCCAGGAAGUCACAAAGAGCCAAGGACAACAUCACAGGAACUACAGGCUUCAUCCAUCCAUCCAUCCAUCUUCUAUACCGCUUAUCCUUCCUUCAGGGUCACGGGGAAACCUGGAGCCCAUCCCAGGGAGCAUCGGGCACAGGGCGGGGUAUACCCUGGACAGGGUGCCAAUCCAUCGCAGCUACAGGCUUCUCUUGCAUCAAUAAAGGUCCUCAGUCCAUAAAUUUAAACUCAAGCACAACUGGAUAAUGCAGCAAGACAAUGCCUAAGGACUAAGUCCUAGUCCUAGAAGUAAGUGAAAAACGGAUCUGUUGCAGUUAUUAUUGCUAAAGGUGACACAACCAGCUUUUAACUUUAAGGGGGCAAUUAGUUUUUCACAUGGGUGUUAGGCGUUGGUUCACUUUUUUUUUUUGCUUCAAUAAAAAUAUAAAUAAAUAAAAACUAUAUUGUGUUUACUCAGAUUGCCUUUGUUUAAAAUUUCGUUUGAAGAUCUAAAACUAUUUAGUAUGAGAUAUAUACAAAAACGGAAGAAAUCAUAUGGGCAAAUCCGUCAAAUGUGUGUAAAUAGUCUACAUUGGCGGAAACCCAACAGUAAAUGUGAGCAUACGUGUGAACAUUUUAAUGAGUUUGAAACGUAAUUUUAUUUGUUUUUUUUUUUGUUUGUUUGUUUGUUUGUUUGUUUUACUUUCUGCAUGUUCAUCUCGACCCUGUGAGACACUAGGGUACGUCGUUUUACUUGUUAAUGGUUUCUGAGAAUGUGUGGUCAGAGCGAUGCAUUACUGUUUAUUCGAGCCUCUUGUAAACGCGUGAUAAACCUUCUGGCGUGUUUUCACAGUUCACACAUAACAUAUACGCAGAAGUUGACAGGUCGACAUAUUUCCUUGACGACCAUUGAAACGAAACUCGAUUGUUAUGAGGAAGUGGCCAGAUUUCACAUUAGGCUACAUGCUAUCCUGAAACGGAACCAGUCGACGCCUCGGGUGCUUUGUCAAAAACAACAGCUUUGUAAACUGCAUUUGUAGGCUCUGGCGUCGAGCGUUUAAGGAUUUUAGUGAUGGAGGACAGUGAUGGAGUUCUAGCUCUGCAGGAGUACAUCAACAAUGUGGAUCAUUCCUCCUUACCGCGCAUUCUCCAGGUCUGCUCCGGAGUAUAUUUCCAAGGCUCUGUGUAUGAGAUCUCAGGUAGUGAGGUCUGUCUGUCUACUGGCGACUUGGUGAAGAUUACAAGUUUCGAGCUCUUGUCAGUCUCCUGUGAGGACAUGAGUAAUAAGACCACAUUUGAGCUGCCACUCGAACAUUCUGGUCUGUUCAAAUUGAUUCCUGAGGAUCUACCUUACAGUACAAUAGAGGAGAUAGCAGGCCUUCUACCUGUUGGUGUGGAUGCCUUUGGCUCAUUCACCUUCUUCAGCAAAAAUGAGCUCAUCAUUGAGAACCUUACAGUGCCAGCUGGAACAGAGAUGACAGUUCUAUCUGUGGAGCUCAAUAACUAUGGGGAGAGUUUUGCUCGCUGCCGGCUGAUGGGCCAACAGGAAGCCUCUGCAGAAGUGUACAUUCCCUUCUCCUGUCAUGGAGAGUUCUAUGAAUGUCAGAAUGAUCGUGACUAUUCCCUUCAUGAGAUCAUGUACUCAGCCAGACUGUGUAAGAGAAGAUUCUGUAAGACAAAACCAACAAAAUGUGGCGGCCCCCUGUUUUUUAGCCCAAUCUAUCAAAUCCAAGGCAUCAUGCACAUGAGAAAGAACAUAGUGAAGUUUCCCUCGAGCCUGGAAGUGGAUGUAAUUGACGUGACUGAACAAUGUAAACAUUUAACUUUUGUAACACCACUAUCUCUAGCUGAGGUAGCUUCUCAGCCAAAUGAGGCCUUUCCAACUAUGGCAGAGAUCUUAGAAGGACCUGAGGCUAAUACCUUAUUUCACUGCAGCUGGUUCAAAGAGCUACAAAAAGGCAAGCACCUAUUGCUGCACGGGUGCAAUACAACACAUAUGGUGUUAGCAUGUACACCAAAGGGGAGAAAAGCCCAGCAGUACUUCCUGCUUUCUCAGGCCUAUGGUGGCCAAAUACGGAGAAGAGCAAGGGAGUUUAGCUCAGUGUAUGAAGUGUAUGUGGCAUUCUCUCACUCUCCAGGACUAAGAAUAUCUGUGACAAGGCACUGUGAGGAAGUUGAGGAGGAAGGUGUGCCUGCUCUAAGCGUUGGGGAACAGCUGGAGGUUCUGAGAUUGCAGACAGCAAACAGGUCAGGAAACGAGUUAGGUGCUCCACCGAGUGUGGACAGCCUGAUCUGCAAAAUAAUUGAGGAUGAGGACGACGAGGACGAUGAGGACAACGAGGACGACGAUAAUCAGAGUGAUAGAGAGAGUGAGGUAUGCCUCCCUCUAUUCACUCCAGCCAACUUUGUUGAAAAACUUUCGGACAAGAAAAAGUAUGGUUUAGCCGAACUAUGCAAGAACUUCUCCUUUCCUCUGGAUGUCAAGGUGGUGAAUCAUGAUAAAACACUGGAAAAAGAUCCACUGGCAGGAUUAGCAGCGCUGAGACUUGAAGAAGCUCUAGAAGAGACAACUGUGCUUGCCAGCUUGCCUAAUACUCCAGAGAAAUGCUUUGAAUUGCCUGUUCGCUGGCUGAAAAUGUCGUUCUCCUUCAUCUCAGACCCCAUACCCUGGCCUGAUUGCGAGAACCCAGAGGUUCACCUACAGACUGUCACUGAAGUAACGGAGCACUUCUACCAUGAAUAUCAUAAGCUUACCGAAAAACCUAUGGCUCCUCCUCCACGUCCUCCUAAGCACAAAAAAUUGUCCUUACAACCACAGAAAAGGUGUGCUACACCAAGGGAUGCCACUCAGUAUGUCAAAAGUAGCCUCCCCAUUGCAAAACUGGACAGUACGUCUCUGGACCAAACAAAACGCAGACCACCUCCACCACCACCAAAUGAAACAGAAGAGUUGCCCCCUCCUUUGCUUCCUAGAAAGUCUGUGUCAGACAGUUUGGUCAUACCUAAUACGUAUGUGAAGCCCCCAAGGAAACAGCUUGAAAAUCCACAAAAUUCAGCAAGAAACUCCUCAGACAGCGAUCAUGACUACGAACCUGUGGAAGACAUUAUAAAUUCUUUUGAUCAUAUCAUGUUUUACUAGAGCUUUAUAAUCUUGAAAAUGACACUCACAAAAAACCACAUAGGAGAUAAAACAGUGUUGUGGUGUGAUAUGUCUAAUGUACAUAAUGAAACUGUUUUAAUCUCUUUUUU